CUAUUUUUGGCCGCAGAUUACGGGCAUACGUCGAUUGUCGGGUGCUUGAUUGACGUGGGCCUGGAUGUCAACGACCAAGAUGAUAGAGGAAAUACUGCAAUUUUUCACUCUGCUCGAAGUGGCAAGACAGAUACAAUGAAGAUAUUAUUGGAAAAUGGCGCUGACGUCCACCACCGUAAUCCAACAUUUGUGACUCGGAAUGCUCAAUCAGCGCUGCAUGGUGCUGUCUUGAAAAAUGCUACCGAAUUGGUGGAGCUUUUACUGCAACAAGAGAUAAAUAUCGACGCCCGAGACAAACACGGUCGAACCCCCUUGUUUUAUGCUGUACAACGGUGCCGAACGCCUAUAGUCCAGAUGUUGCUUGAGGCAGGUGCGGACUCAAACAUAUCUGAGGAUGACUUCACAGAACCAAUCUUGCCCAUUAAUUGGGCAGCAGCGCGAGGGUUCGAAGCGAUUGUGAAGAUGCUCCUCGACAGUGGAGCGAAUGCAAACCAACUGGAUCAUCCUAGCCAGUCGCCCCUUUUAUGGGCUUUAGGAGUAUACAACCAUGAUUUCUCGAAAAAGCUCUAUAGGGGCCGGAGCCCUCUGAGGGGGAAUCACUUUGCAUUCGGGGACGCAGAAGCAGUAUUAGAUCUGCUGCUAAAAAAUGGUGCAGAUCCCAAUGUUAUUGAUGAAGAUGGGCGGACACCACUUUAUUUGUCAGUAAAGCUUGGCUUGAACUCGAAGGCCUUGGUUCGCUCAUUUUUGCGUGCAGGCUGCGACCCCAACAGGAAAGAUAAAUAUGGACGAACCCCACUGAUGGGAGCAACUGUUCGGGGAAUGACCAAAUUCGUGACAGCACUCCUUGAAGCCCCAAAUCUUGACCGAGAUGCGACUGAUAAUUUCGGUCGCACGGCGCUGCUGGAAGCUACUGCGAGGAAUAAGCCGCUCAUUCGAGACAUCCUGCUCCAGCCAAGCGCAGAAACCCAAAUGGCGCAUCCUUCAACUUCGUUGGAUGAGCAGAUCAGCUAUCCUGGCCACCUUUGUGGUAUUUGCGGAGUGCACGAGUGGCGAGAUCUCGCCUACCAUUGCUCAAUAUGCGACGAGGGCCAUUUUGAUAUGUGUGAGGAGUGCAAGAAAUGGGGUGCGACAUGUUUAGAUGCCACACACGAGAUGACCAGAAGAUUUGAUAUAGUCGGGGGUCGAGCGUCUGACAUUGGAAUCUACAUUCUUUCUGAAGCGGAGCUCGCUGAGCUUGGAGGAGCCAGAAAGGCGCAGGAGAAACCCGACAGGAUGUCUGCCUAUAGGCAGGCUCCGAAAUUUUUUCAAUGA